AUGGACCAAGCAGCGGUGCCGGUGUACCGAUCCCGGCGCGUGAUGAUACCAGUGGUUGCGUUUGUCGUCGGCGCGAUCGCGACCAUUGUGGUCGUCUCGACAACGACCGGCGUCUUUGACUCGCACGCGUCGGCGCCGGUGCAAGAUACGUCGAGUCGAACCGAAGCCCCGUCGUCGUUCACGGCCAUCGGUGGCAACACGACCACCUUUGACGUGACGACAACGACGCCAAAUGCAACAGCAAAAUCCAUUGGGGACGCCUCCAACCUCGGUGCAACGUCGACGCCGGUCGAUCCGAAUGCACCGACGACGUCGAAUCAGAACACGGGACCCAACAUGACGACGAGCGAGCUUGCAAGCGGCGGUGACUCGAUGGGGGCGAGUGAAUCGUCGUCGGGGGAUGGCAGCGAACGCUGGGACAGCAGCGCGUCGUCAUCUUCCGCAGCGUUCGACUCGGACGACAUCGAGCCACCGGCAGGGUCCGAGAGCAACACGACGCUUUCCGCGUCGGUGCAUACGAACGAUGGCAACGCCGCGGCGGUCCAGGGAAAACUCAUCCAAGCCAAGCUAUCCCAGCGCUUGCACCAACUUCGCGCCCAGCAAAAACAGCUCCAGCGCCAGAUCCAGUUGGUACAGAGGCGUAAGCAGUCGCACCAACGCACGUCGACCAAGCCGACGCGCUUUCAGAGCACCAUGUCGGGCGGCGUCUCGGUCAACCCGACGAAGCAGGAUUUACCGACGUCGGUCUCGGGUCUCCACUCGAGCAUUGCGAGCACGACGGCGUACAACCAGCAACUCGAGGCGCAGUUGGUGGCACUCGCCGCCAGCCGUUCAAACCCAAAGUGA